GCCACCCGGGCGGCGAUGAGCGCCGAGGGACUGCCGCCCCGGGCCGCUGCCUGCGGGCGCCCCAGCAGCCUGCUCCUGCCCGCACAGAGCAAAACGUCCCUCGCUCUGCUGUAUGAUGAAGUCUCAGAAAACACCUACGACGUCCGCCUAAAGCUGACACCUGAAACCUUGACUAUUCAACGGCAAGACAUUGUCUGCAUAGGGGACAGCCAUCCCAGUGCCAAUCACAGAACUGUUACUCUUCGCCGACAGCCCAUGGGUGGCCUGGGCCUGAGUAUCAAGGGAGGGGCUGAACAUAGUGUUCCUGUAGUCAUAUCCAAGAUAUUCAAAGGCCAAGCAGCUGACCAGACAGGGAUGCUGUUCAUAGGAGAUGCUCUUCUGCAGGUUAAUGGCAUUCAUGUAGAAAAUGCAACCCAUGAAGAAGUGGUGCAUCUUCUGAGAAAUGCUGGUGACGAGGUCACCAUCACUGUGGAGUAUCUCAGGGACGCACCUUCAUUUCUGAAGCUCCCAUUAGGGUCUCCAGGGCCAGCCAGUGACUACAGCAGCAGGGCUUCCUCCCCACUCUUUGACAGCGGCCUGCACCUGAAUGGACACUGCAGCCACACAGCUCCACCGUCACCUUCCUCGCUCAUAGCUAAUGAACCAAAGUUUGAGAAGCACUGGCUGGACAGCUUGUCAGUGCCUCUGUCCAUGGCUCGGAUCUCCAGGUACAGAGCUGGCACGGAAAAGCUCAGGUUGAGUGCUUUUCAGGUGGUGGCACUGGAUGGAGCCAGCACUGGAGUCCUUCAGUUUUACACAGCUCAGGAAUGCACCGACUGGCUGCGCGCAGUGUCAGCCAACAUCAACAGUCUGGUCCUUCACAAUAUGAAAAUGGCAAACAAAUGCUGUUCUCCUUCUGACCAGGUCGUGCACAUGGGGUGGGUAAACGAGAGACUCCAGGGAGAAGAUUCCUCUCUGUCCUUCUCUUCCAAGUUCCUGGCACUGAAGGGCUCCUCGGUCUACAUUUUCCACACUCCUCCGGUGAGCACACUGGACUGGGCACGAGCAGAAAGAGUCUAUAGCCUCUGUGAGGUGCUGUUCAAAGUGCACAAGUUCUGGCUUACAGAUGACUACUGGUUACAGGCAAACUUAUAUCUGGGUCUCCAAGACUUUGACUUCGAAGACCAGAGGCCAUACUGCUUCAGUGUUCUCGCUGGCCACGGCAAGAGCCAUGUCUUUAGCGUGGAGUUGGGUUGUGAGCUCGCCAUGUGGGAGAGGUCAUUCCAAAGAGCAACUUUCAUGGAAGUUCAGAGAACCGGGUCAAAAACAUACCUGUGCAGCUGGCAAGGGGAAACACUGUGCUUCACAGUGGAUUUUGCUGUGGGGUUCACCUGCUUUGACAGUGAGACAAAGAAUGUACUCUGGAGAUUCAAGUUCUCCCAACUCAAGGGGUCCUCAGAUGAUGGGAAAACUCGAGUAAAACUGCUGUUCCAGAAUCUGGACACCAAACAAAUUGAGAUGAAGGAGCUGGAGUUCCAGGACUUGACAGCAGUGCUGCACUGUGUCCACUCCUUCCUGGCUGCCAAGGUGGCCUCCCUGGACCCCGUGUUCAUGGAAAGCCAGAGGGUUGCUCGGAGAUAUGCCUGUAGCAGCUGA